AUGGCUAUUGUGAAUGGCAAGGUCAUUGAGAUUUUGGAGCUCCUUCAACGGUUUGGUGAAGCUCAUUUGCAACAGAAGUCGGAGCUUCACUGGGUCUCCACCGGUUUCCACUGGUUUCCACUGGUUUCCGCCAAGGAAGUCAUCGGUCUUCGAUUCCCGGUGCAGGAACAGCUGCAAGGUGACCGGAUCAACUUGUGGAUGGCGCCACCUGCAAAGCUCGCUCAAGCGAUGGAACGAUUCUUCCUGCUGUAUGUCCAGGUAUCUCCGCGUUUCAAGCGACGUUUCUCCAAGAUCUAUGCGCAGAACUACCAGAAGAUUUCCAAGGAGGAAUCGGAGCUGUCCGCUCUCAGCGUGCAGCUGUUCACCAUCCCUGAGGUGGCUUUGGACUUGUUGGACGAUCGCAUCCUGGAAUCUGUUGUGGAGUCGAUUCAAAGGCUUCAGAACAGUUUGAUUCAGACGAAGGACGGCGUGAAAGUCAUCAAACCAAUUGGCAGAAGCGGGAACCAUGACUGGGACAAAUACUUCCGGUCGCUUGGUGACUUGAACUACCUGCUGUACCACAGCCCUCUCUGCCAGUAUGUGCUUCGCACUGAGACUCUGCAGAAACAGAUUGUUGAGCUCUUGGUCGGCCUUUGGCGGAUGCGAAAGCAAAAGCGAGAAGAACGGGCGCACGUCCUCUAUGAAGUCCACAACAGUGAGGCCGUGACGGCCGUGGAGUCGGUGGUCUAUGUCGUCGGAUGCCAUGGAGAGCUUACUGCCUUGGACGCCUCUGAGAAUUACCUCGGCUCCGUGGCGCGCUUGGCUUUCCAUUUGCCUCGCCUGCAAUGCCUCCGAUUGCAGAGGAACCGCCUGCGACGCAUCGAGCGACUGGGAGAUCUUCUGCAUCUCCAAUUCCUGGACGUGUCUGAAAAUUUGUUGGGGCCCUCGCCUGGAGCGGCUCUCCAAAUGAUCGGCAACUGUUGCAAGCUCACGGUGAUCUUCGUGGCUGGAAAUCCCUUUGUAGAUGAAGAACGUGGUGAUUACCGCUAUCAGCUGCUGGAUUUGUGCUCCUCCUUGCGUAUUGUGGAUGGAGAGGCAGUGAAGGGAAGCAGACCUGGGAUUCAGCUCAUUGAACGCCCGAAAGGCGUGAGCUCCUGGCAGCCAAUGUCGAUGGAUUUUCACACCAAAUACUACUAUCCAACUGCCGCUUGGAUGACAAAUGGAGAGCACAAAGUUGCACAAAUCGACGUCCUGACGUCCUCUUACAUUUCGAAGAUUUUCGAAGCCUGUUGUUUUGCCUACAAGAUCUACUAUCCUGAAAGUGCCAUGCAGUGGAUGGUGAAUUGGCCAUCCUUCUCCAGCGUCGAAACAGGCGCAGGAGUUCAAGGCGGAAACUUUACCGUCGGACUACUCAUGGUCGGUGCUUUGAUGGACCGCGGAAGUACCCCUGUGCUGCAGCCGCGGCGACAGAUGCGCAGCAGUGCUUCCAUGCCGCAGCUGAAAGCGGUUGCCAAUCCGAGACUUGUCCUUACUAUGUCUUUCUUCGCAGCUUUCGAACUUUUCUGCGGUCAGGGCUUCUUUAUGGAGGCAGAACUCCUCAAGAAUUUGACCCAUUUGGCCGACUUCUGCCGUCGACCCGAUGUCACACUUGAGGAAUUGCGAUCCUGGUAUAGAGCACUUUCGAAUGGCCUCCAGCGUUGUGAAGGUUUUCAAAGUGACUUCAAUUGCAGCGCGGCUUCUUCCUUUCAUAUGCCACUUCUGAGGCUUUUAUCCUCGUGCAUGAACUGGGACUUGCUCCAAGACGCGAGCUUGGCUGCUGAGUGGCGAGAGAUCAUUCCCCUGGAUGUGGCGGUGAACGCUUUAUGUCAUGCAGUUCGUGCCCUACGCUUCGAGGCUGAGAUUCAGACAGGUUGGUGGGUGAGGAAUGGCCAGUCCAUGCAUGCGCAGCAGGCUGAGCGGAGAAGGCUUCGGCAGUUGGACGUCAUGGCUGUGCAGGCUUGCAUGCUGCUGCUGAAUUUCCAUGAGGCCAAAGAAGCAGAGCCCUUGUUUUGCCUCUGGAGCGCUGCCUUCGAUGAAACGGCACCCACAAACACCCAGGUGCCUGUCUUGGAACGCUGGCGAAGUCUUUGGUCCGACGAGUUGACGGUUCAAAUUCAGCUCCGCUUUCGACUCUUCUGGACCCUACUGGUGCAAGCAGUCAACGAAAUGCUGCCAAUUGAGGUGUCCUUGUGCAGAAGAAAGUGGGAAAGCAGGUAUGCGAGAUGUUCGGUCAUCCUACAACGCUUCUUGAUCCAGGUUUUAGCGAAGCCCAUCAGCGUCUCGCAGCUGAGUGCUCUCAUCCCCAAGGAGCUCCAGGUGCGUGAAACCCAACUGUCUGAAGCCUUGGACCAUGUGGCCACGCGCACUGACAGGAAUUUUCAGUUGAAGCAGCGGAGUUGGUCUUUCUUUGACUGCUGUAUGGCCACAAACUCAGGCCAAGGCCUGUGUUUUGUGAAACCGGAACUGAGUUUAUCCCUACACAUUGUCGCAGUGCGCUUCGCUGUUGAUUCCUCUCCGGAUCUGGACAAGGAUCUUUUCCAAGACUUUUUCGGUGUCUACCGCCAUGACCCGUCGAUCUCGUGGACGCCCCAGUCCGCCAAGUCCGCUGAGUCUUCGUUGGGCUUGCCUUUGGCUCGCUGCACCUGCCCCACACCCGGGAAAGAUGAUUUUUAUGCCUGUCAGACGGACGUGGCCUUGGGCGGUUACGUGGAGCCCUUGCCCUUGGAGCCUGCGGGCUCAGCUGCGUGUUCCUCCAAUGGGGGCUGCGCUGAUCUGGGGCUCACGGCUGGCGAUUGCUGUCCUGCAACCAACGGUCAAUACCUGAGCUGUUGUGACAGCAAGCGCCGACUGGCCACUGAGACAGCAUUUCUAAUGCGAACAGACACGGUCACGGUGGCUGCAAUGAAACUUACAAUUUUUGCAGAUGGUUGCGUCUUCCAUGGGAUCUCUCCGGAUCUUCCAGACCUGGACUACGCAGUGGCCAGAGGAAGGCUCCCAGAUGUUCGGAUCAAAAGGAUUUACAUCCUCGCAGGCAAUGGAAAGCAAGGUCCCUUGAGGGAUGUGGUGGAAAGACAGAAAUUGGAAGGCUACAUCCAAAGGUAUGGCGACUUUGAAGACCUUUGGAUGCCCUUGAAGGAGAAGGAUCUCCGACCAUUCGGCUUUGUGACCAUCAAAGACUUUGUGGCAGCGCAGCAAUUUGUUGAGAGGUCUCCCCACAAAGUCCCAGACGCAUCGGUGGAGAUCAUUGCCAGAUGGGAACAUCGACAGAAGAAUCAUAAGAAUCGGAAAUCCUCUUUGCCUGGAAUCCUUCAGCCGCUGGAAAUUGAUGAUGUGUCUUUGAAGAACUACUUUGCACCGCCGCAGACCAAGAGAUCCUUGAUUCGUAUUUUGAGAUCCCCUGAUGAAGCGUAUCAGCAGAAGCGUGCAGCACGCAUCAGAAAGGUGAGAGGAAGGGAUGUUCCAACCAAAAACACCCAGCUGCAUCUGUUUCAUGGUCCACCUGGAACGGGGAAGACGAUGGCGAUGAAGGUCCUUGCAGCUGAAGCAGGUCUCAAGUUCCGGUCCUUCAUGAUGAAGCUGGGUGAGCCGGGAUAUGGUACAUUGCAGGAGAUGCAGGACGCCUUGAAAGCCCUUGACGAGAUGUCAUCUGGCCCCAAUGCGAUUGCAGUGGCAGUUUUCAUCGAUGAAGCGGAGCAAGUGUUCAGCAGUCGGAGAAGCAUGCAGGAUUAUCACAGCGUCAGAGUGGAGUCGAAGAACGACAUCGUCAAGGCCUUUCUGGAAUGGACGGAGGGCUUGCAGAGCAGACCACGUGAUGCCAAACCGAUCAUUGUUGUGAUGGCUACCAAUUUGCGAAACAACAUUGACGAAGCUAUCCAGAGCCGUGUGGGUGAAACCAUUCGCUUUUCUCGUCCCACCAUAGCUCAGUGCAAGCAGCAUUUUGCUGCCAAUGCGCCAAAUGUUCGAGGUUGGCAUUGGCUACUGGCCAUCUUGUCCAGCCGUGUCUUCUUUAUGGACUUUCGCGAGUUGGAAGCAGUGCACAAGCUGGUCUGCGAACCAGAUGUUGCUGAGACGGAACAUGCUCGGUCAGACGAAGUGACCGCUCUGAAUUAUUUUUCUGCAAUUUGGUCUGUUCUUCAAAGCAGAGAAUGGUUGACCGGAUGGAGGGAAAUUGACAUCUUGAAGCUUCUCACUUGGCAGCUCCCAUAUUUGACAUACCACCUGCGGGUUGUGAGAAGGGAGAUGGGUGAUGGAAUGCUUGACCUGCGGUGGCUGCGUCAGAAGUUGGUGCAGCUGUUGCGUGCAGCCAUGCAGACAUUGCGCGCAAGACUGUAG